CCUAUCCAACAUUUGAUCGACUCCAGGUCAUUAUACGCGUGGAAAUCCAAGUCAAAGCCACUCAGAAUCUCCCCACGACCACCUCAGAACGAUUACUUGUGCGAAAUUAGUCGUUUUCCAACCAUGGGACGCGCUGCGCAAACGAUUUCCUUUGCAUUGUUGAUCUCCUCGGCAUACCUUUUACUCGCUCUCCCUCUCUUGACUGAGGAUUCGCCAGUGCCUUCCAUCCUACCAACCAAAAUCCAAGUGGAAAUCAUUCCAGUUCUCCCCUGCUGGGCUCUCGUGAGUCUCGGUGCAUAUCUACUGGGACGACUGGGACUGGGCGUCCUACGAUUCAACGAUACAAAGGAAGCUUAUACCGAACUCAUGGGGCAACUUGACGGGGCAAGAAAAAGUUUGGACGCGAGGAAAAUUCGGUGGGACUAAAAAUGUGAUACCAUCGCGAUUUUCACGAUAGAUUCACCUCUAAUGCAAUUCUUGCGCAUAUCAUCCUGCCCUCUACUCUAUAACGAAAGCCAAUGAUCACGGCAAGAGCUCAACUCAAUUGACGCCAUGGUUCUGGGCGAGUUGGUCGUGCUCGUCGAUAUCGGUGGCUUCCCAGGGAUAGCAUAUCCAUACAUCGGGAACGGUGACGGCCGCCAGAUACCGAUUCUCCUUGAGCAUGUCAUCUGGAAGGUGUCCUUUCUUCUCCUUGUCCUUGUUGUGCAGCACGAAGAUGGAGAAUCUUGUCUUUUCGGCUCUGCCUUGUUGUUGUCUGGCCAGUUCCACGUCCUUUUCCAACUCCUUGACUGCAUAUUCGAGUGUGGUGCGUGUGUCAUCCACCUCGUCGACGAUUAGGACAUUCUUGCCGAUCAGAUUCUUCAUCUCAAGUGAGGACAGAUCCAGCCAUUGUGUCCGUGUGACUUUUGUGCCAGGCGCUUCGACAG